AUGUUGAGUCGAGACGAUCCGAAGUCAAAAGAAGACGGCUCGAGUAGUGUAGGAGGAGAUGACACGGCUAUGGUUAUAUUAUCCGGAGAUGAAGCAAACCCAAGUCGCAUCGAGAAAUCUGUCUCCCCGGGAACCGACGAAAAAGAGAAGGAAGUCGUAGACGAAGGAGAACAAGAGAUGGAAACCGUAGACGAAGAGAAUAAAGACAGAGAAGAAGAAAAGGAGCCGAAAGAAGUGGAAGAGGAAAUGGAGCCCCAAAGAGACGAUGAAACAGCGAUAAUUGUACGACCACAUGGAACUGAGUCGCAUGCAGAGUCGAUAUUACAGAAAGGCUCGACACAAGUUUUCUUUGAAGAACAGUUCCGCAUCGAUUGUGAGGCUCGCAAAACAAAGCUUAAAGGUCCCACCGAUACUAUCGGAGGACCAUCGAAUAAUGUGCAAUCUGGUAAGGCUCAUUCAGAUUCGGUGGAGGAUACUGGACCUAAGGCUUUAAAAGCGAUGGACGGUCGGCUUAUGAAAGCAGUUGAAGAUGCUGUGAAGGAUUUGAAGAAAACAGUCUCUUCAUUGUUUGACAAGCUAACUCUUCUAGAAGACGAAGUGAAAAGUCUUAGGUCAAAUGGUGAUAAUCCGUCGGAGGAGAAUAAGGAGUCGGACGAAGAGGAUGAUGUUGAUAAGGUAUCGGAGGAAGAGGAUGGUGGUGAUAAGGAGAGUAAGGAGUCGGAGGAAGAAGAUGACGGAGCGGAGGAGGAGGAACCAGAGGAGGAUGAGGCAGCAGAGGAAGAUGUAGCAGAGGAAGAGGCAGCAUGGAAGAAGAACAGAGGUGCAAAGAAGGCAGCUGAGAAGGAGGCAGCUAAGAAGGCAGCAGCUGAGAAGGUGGCAGCUAAGAAGGCAGCAGCUGAGAAGGCAGCAGCUAAGAAGGCAGCCCAGAAGAAGCCACCCCUGAAGCCGAAGAAGAGUAAGACAAAGAAGGUAGGUAAGAAGACGGAGUGA